AUGCCUCCAAUUUACAUUUUAAAUAUCUAUGCUCACUCUGAUGACUACAGGGCGAGAAAUCACUUGUUCGACCAAAUCAUCAGUCUCCUCAACUCCAUGCCUGAGAUGAUCCCUUCUCUCAUCAUAGCCGGUGACUUGAACUGCUGCUUCGACUCCACAAGCCAACGCUAUAACCGCCAAACCGGAAAGCCCAAAAGUUUCAUUGAAUUUUUGAACACUCACUUUUCAGAUUGCUUGAACCAACCAAAUUUACCGCAUGAUUACACUUUUAGACGUGGAUCGUCUCUUUCCACUCUCGACUAUAUGUUUGCAGGACGGGACGCCUUCUUCAAAAUGAGUGAUGGCGACAUCACCUUCCUCUCUCAAGAAUGGACUGACCAUGCCUUACUAACCAAGACUUACACUACCGGGAUGACUAACUGUGGCAAAGGUGUCUGGCGGGCCAACCCCUUUCUUGCGAAGAACCCUAUCUACGUCAACAAAUUGAACAAUGCUAUCUCUAACUACGUUGAAACUAAAUUAGAUUCUAACCUCUCUGCUCAAGAUAAAUGGGACCUGAUUAAGAAGAAAACUAAGCAAGUUACUCAAAACUUCAGCCGCACCCACUGUUCAUGGAGAAAAGCUAAAAUCAAGAAGUUACAGAGUGAGAGGAACAAUUUGUUACGUAGAUACCGGAAUGAUCAUGCCUGCCUUAAUCUUUUGCUACCUAUUGUCGAAGAAGAGCUAUCUAAACUCCAGCAGGAGAUAGUCGACAUCCAACGAUUAAGAGCAGGACAGCGAUGGUACGAGAAGAGCGAAAAGUCCCCAGGCUACAUCAAGCAAACCUUAGCGGAAAAGGCAUCAAAGCGAACAAUCUCAAGCUUAAAGCACCCUACUUCUGAGGAACAAUGCUUGGACACUAGCUCUAAACUUGACGCCGCCAAAGUCUUCUACCAAGACUUAUACACCGAGGAAGAAAUUGAUCUUAAUUGUGUGGAAGAAAUGCUACAAUACAUUGACCAAACAAUUACAGACGAGGACUCACAAGACAUCAUCGAAGAAAUCACCUACGACGAUAUCAUUCAAGGAUCCCGAAGAACGCCAAAUGACAAUGCACGUGAAGCAAGAUGGAACAAUUCUGGAGAAUUUGUCGAAUAUGCUGGGAUUAUGCUGGACAACGCCAAAGCGUAUGAUAGGGUACAUCCCCAGUAUCUAUCCAAGGUCCUAGUGAAGUUUGGUUUUCCAAAACAGUUUGUCCAAUGCAUCUGCAAAUUAUUCUUCGACAACUCAAUUUACGUGAAUGUCAAUGGCUUUUUAACAGAUCCUAUCGAGCAAAGACGCGGCAUCAGACAAGGAGACAGUAUAUCACCAAUGCUGUUCAAUUUGGCUAUUGAACCAUUUCUGCUAUCUGUGACCAAAAGUACAACUAUCUCGGGGUAUAGUCUCCAGCACGUCAAGCCUAUAAGCAAGAGAACAAACAGUUGGGUGGCUCCUCCUCCACUGAAAGUACUCGCAUAUGCGGAUGAUGUCCUGACAUUCGCCAAGUCUCGGGCUGAACUUCUUGAUCUGGAAGAAAGAUGGAGAACUUACAACAAGGCCUCGAGCUCCAAGAUCAACUACGACAAGUCCGUGGCCUUCCCUCUUCAUGGUGGAAGAAUGACAAGCCAAACUGGUGGCCUAAUUCAAGAUCAUGCAACAAACAGUCUCAAAAUCAAAUGGUAUGAUUCUACGUCUACAGGAUUUAUAAAAUACCUAGGCUAUCCAAUUUGGUUCUGCAAUCAACAAAGAGACGUAUACAUCGCUAAACUGCUGGGUGAUAUCACUACUGCUGCUGAAAGGUUUGCAGCACGACAAGUCUCACUGUAUGGCAGAGCGAAUAUUGCCAACACUAUGAUAUUGUCCAAACUAUGGCAUGUCAUUCGGAUCGUUUCCCUGCCCAAAGACACAGUCAAGAAGAUAACCUCAAUCAUUUAUCAGUUUGUAAUGUCUGGCCUGUAUCCACCUCUAAAGGGCAAUUCUCUCUUCCUACCAAGGUAUCAAGGCGGUUUAGGACUGAUUGAUAUAAUGGCGCAACAAAAGGUUCUGCAAUUCAGAUAUCUGAACGCUUUGCUGACAGAAAACAGCAACAACAUACCUGGUCUCACUUAUAGGCUACUAGUGGAUUAUUUGAAGAUGUCGCACGACUCACCAUCGCACAUAAUCCCUAUACUGUUCCAAACGGCUAGAUACAAAAACCAGUUAAGAGGCUUCCACCCUUAUCACAUGAUGUUCGAGGCAAUAGAUACUUAUAUGAAGCAUUCCCCAUUCUCACUCGCUUGGUCUGUCAAACCAAAUGUCAUGACACUCUUGUCAUUGCCAGUGCUGGAAAUUCUUGAUUUUGUCAAUGAGGAAGUAGCCAUGGGAUACACAAGCAGAGACUCGAUCAGGGAGAGUAAAGUUCAUGACUUCUUCCACGUCAACCAGGAAACAAGUACUCUGCAGAUAAAGCCAAGAAGUGAAUGCAAGCGACCAAACAUUAGGAAUCAGAUAGAAAGAGGUCUUCUCUGUGGGAACAUCAGAUUGGAAUCUUUCGCGGAUACAAGAAACAUGGAGGCUCAUCUAGAUCUACAGCCUUUCGUUGCUAUGCUUAACUACCAAGACCGCCCAAUGCUUCAAAUGUCAAACAAAUACUUGAGAUCAAUUAUGCUGGACAUACACAACCUUGAUGUUGGACGAAAGUUCAAUCAUACCAUCAGCAAAGUCCAGUGGAAACACUUCUAUCAUCAAAACAUGCAUCACUCUGUGAGAAAUGUCUGGUAUAGAAUGAUCCAUAAGCAAUGCCCAAUCAAUCUGAACUUGAAGCAAUACUUCAUCUACAAUCUCGACAUCAAGAUUACAAUCUUCGACCUGUUUGCUGUCACCAUUCGUACGAUAUGGAGAUUCCACCUCCUACUAACAUUCGAAGGAGUGCCUUUUGAUACCAACAAUGUCACCACCAAGAUCUGUGCUGAAGUGAUGAGAUUGUCAGAUCUCAAGCAUUAA